AUGGUUGUGAUAAUGGCAAUAUCCUUUACACUGGCCAAUACUAGGUUCAGGAGGAACCGCACCAAACUACCUAAACCCUUUAACAAACUCACAGGUUUCAAUGCAUUUUGGUAUUCUCACCACCUCUUCAUCAUUGUCUAUGCCCUGUUGAUUAUCCACGGAACCAAACUUUACCUAACUCAAGAAUGGUACAAGAAAACGACUUGGAUGUAUCUGGCUAUUCCCAUCACCAUUUACGCAUUGGAAAGGCUUAUUAGAGCACUUAGAUCGAGCAUCAAGUCGGUGAAAAUAUUGAAGGUUGCUGUUUAUCCUGGAAAUGUGUUGGCAAUUAACAUGUCAAAGCCUCAAGGGUUUAGCUAUAAGAGUGGACAAUACAUGCUUGUCAACUGUGCUGCUGUGUCUCCACUAGAAUGGCAUCCAUUUUCUAUAACCUCUGCUCCUAAUGAUGAUUACCUUAGCGUUCACAUUAAAAUACUCGGUGAUUGGACUCGAGGUUUGAAAUCCAAAUUCUCAGAGGCGUGCCAGCCAGCCAACAAUGGACAGAGUGGACUUCUAAGAGGAGAAUGUUUGAAGGGAGAUAACAGCCCAAGCACAUUCCCUAGAGUUUUGAUUGAUGGUCCAUAUGGAGCGCCGGCACAAGACUACAGGGAGUAUGAGGUAGUUUUACUUGUGGGGCUAGGAAUAGGAGCAACGCCAAUGAUAAGUAUACUAAAGGACAUGGUAAAUAAUUUCAAAGCCAUGGAAGAGAAGAAGGGUUUGCAAUGGAGGAAGGAUCACCAGUGA